AUUAAAUUUCGGUCUCUGAGUAUCACCCCGCACCCCCCCACCCCCAGAUCCGUUCGGUCCUUCCGGUCCCGGAAGAAAUCCCGGAAAAAAGAAAAGAGACAAAAAAAAAAUAUAUAAAUUAUAUCCCCGACUCCCGGAGACCCAGCCCGGUCGGAUAGAGGAGGAUCUCCCGGAGCGGUUCCAAGAGAGGGUGGCUCGAUUCCUUCGCCCCGGCUCGAAGGAUCGACUCGAAGGACGAGGAGAAACUUCAACGACGGUCCCAGGAAGAAUCGCCGAGGAGUUCCUCGAGAUAUGGUGUCGGUCCCCCGGGUGACGGAGAGCAGGACGUCGCAGGACUGAGGGGCGACUCCCCAGGGAAGAGAAAGGGUAUUCCGGAUCCGGGUGGAUGAAGUCCGGGUCGGGCAGGAUGGUGCGCCCCUCGAACCCCCGCCUCAUGGCCCGGGUCAUGGAGGCGGUGACCCACCUCUGCGAGGGCAAGGGCUCCUCCGCUCGAGACGUCCUGGACUUCCUCAAGCGAGGGUCGACCGGGUCCGCCAGGAACCUCGCGAUGCAGGUCCAGAGGGCCCUGAAGCACGCCGUCAACGCGGGCCUGCUGCGGCAUCGCGGGGGGCGCUACAAGGUCCUGAUAGGGCUGAACCCGAGGACGGUGCCCUACCGCGCGGACGACGGCGGCUACAAGGGCGACGGCCUGCCCGAGCUGGUGGACAACGCGCCCCCCGGCCUGGACCCCACCCAACGCGUACAGGACCGCAAGGGCCGUAAAAAGCGACGGAGGAGGCGUCGGAAGGGCCGCAAGGGCCGGCGACGGAGCAGCGCGAUGAGCCGGAAAAGGGCCCCGGCAGCGAAGAGAAAACGAGCUUCGACGGAGCAAAGAGCUCGACUGCGCCGGGCCCGACGCCGGGCCAGGAACGAGGAGCUCGAAGACUGGCCGCCCCGACGCCGGAGGAUGGUCUCCAAGGACCUGGUCGAGGACGAGGGCCUGCAGCACCGCGGCGGAAAGCCGAAGGCCCCGAGUCCGGUCCCCGACCGCUACUCCGAUGAGUCCGUGGCCAGCGACUACGAGGACAAGCAUCGCCAUGGAAAAUCGGGCCAUUCGGGACAUUCCGGGCAUUCGGGGCACUCGGGCCACUCCGGACCCUCGAGGCACGGAUCCCCGACUCCUCGGAACCCUUCGCGGCCCCCGCACGGCGAGAGGGAGCACAGGAGGCACUCCAGGAAGAGGUCCUCCUCGAGACAUCGCAGCCAGCCCCGGCAGCCGCCCCCGCAGCAGAUGCAGCAGCAUCCCCACGAGGACCACGACAUGCCCUGCGACGUCGACCCCGCGGACGAGGAGAGAUCCGGAUCCCCUCCCGACAGAGACACCGAGCGACCCUGUCGGCCCAACGACAGCGGGAGUGGCAGCAGUCUUUGAAGAACCCACGCCGACCGCCGCCAUCUUGGUUGCGACUCCACCCUCCCCUCUCGACACCUUUCCACGACCUCCCCUGCUCGACUCCGGUGUUUCCUCCCCGUUUAUUUAUUACGUAUCUACUUUCUCUCCUCGUUUACCCAUUUACUAAUCGGACAAUCGUGGAACGUCCUUAUAUAUUAUUUUUACGUGAAAGAAGAGUCGAGGAGGUCGAGAAGGCGUAUAGAGAGGAGGGCCUGGCAGGGAUCCCGAAGAAUCGAUCGGUCGAUCCCGGAAGGUGUCCCCUCUCGCGAGAAACCCUUUCGAGAGCGCCGAAACAAAAUUCCAGUGACUCGAGUCGUCCGAACUCACCCCCUGUAUGCGGAAAUAAAUCCA